GAAUAUGAUGGAGAUGUUUGUUUUGUUGAUUUAGGUGUAUUAUAUAAUCCAUUAUGUGGUGGUAAUACAGAAGCUAAACAUAAAGCUGUUCGCCAAUCACCAACUAGUUUAGAAAAUAAUCUAAAUAGAAAUAUUAUAGUUUUAUUUUAUGUAUAA